UAGAAAUUGAUUGAAUCAAUUUGAUUCUGUUCCAAUUGUCACCGGUUCUUUUUUUUUUUGUUAAUUUAAUUUCUCCAAUUGCAAUUUAUUUUAAUUACAAUUAUGUCUCUUCUCACUCAAUUAACCUCUCCAAUGUUCAUCUUUUCUCUUGUCAUGGUCUCUUAUUUUCUAGUCUGUGCAGGUAUUAUUUAUGAUAUAAUUGCUGAACCACCUUCAAUUGGGUCUACUGUUGAUGAAUUUGGUCACAGUCGUCCAGUUGCUUUUAUGCCUUACAGAGUAAAUGGACAGUAUAUAAUUGAAGGAUUAGCAUCCAGUUUCUUUUUUACCCUCGGUGGUAUUGGAUUUAUCUUAUUGGAUAAGACACAUAAUCCAACGACACCCAAAUUCAGUCGGAUUUUGUUUAUAUCAAUGGGUUUUCUUUUUGUUAUUGUCUCAUUUUGUGUCACCUUUAUAUUUAUGAGAAUGAAAUUACCUGGAUAUUUACAAUAAGAAAUCAGGGAAUGCCGAUUAUCAUCAAUAACUACUUCAUAUCGCCUCAUUUUCGAGAAAGAAAUUCAAAAGUGUAUAAAUUUAAGAUAAAAUUGAAUGAAACAAUUAAAACACAACGGGAACUUUUAUUAUUAAAAGGA